ACUGCGCAGUUUUACUGGCAGCCAAUCGAAGAUCCUAACAGCCAGCAUACACACACACACACACUUAUUUUUUCUAUUUUUUUGUUUAAGAAACAAAGGUUGCUCAACCCCUUAAACUGUCCCGCCAAUAUCCCCCCAUUACAACAUCUUCCAUAACCCAACCACUACUACUUUGAACAAGAAAUGCAGUUGACUCUGGAAGGCCUCCAGUCACUGUUGAUCGACCUGACCAAUUUUAUUCAUGUAAUUCUCGGCAUUGCAGUCGUCUUGGUCAUCCUGAUUGCCUUUAGGGCAUUUCCAUUCCAUCACGACUACUCGGAAAUUUUCUCGGCUGUACGAUAUCUAGGUCUACAGCAUCUUUUGGCCUACGCUUACUCUACUACGUGCAUACUGUUACGGCUGCCCGUGUCUUUGGUCAGCGUUGGCAGUAGACGAUCGUCAACGACAACAAUGACAAAUAAGCAAUAUGCAGCAUAUCAGCAGCAGACAGCAGCAGCACUGGAUUCAAUUUAUCACGCAAGCAAUUCCGAAUUAGACUCGAUUUGUCUGCGUGACCCGAUAACAACAAGCAGCAGUAACGGCAGCAACAAUUAUCAUUCUUAUUACUAUGUCUCGGGACUCGUCAACACAGGCAAUACAUGUUUUCUUAACUCGGUCUUGCAGGUCCUGUCGUCAUUACCCCGCUUGCAACUUUAUCUUGAACAAAUCCAACCUUCACGAGCUCGUCCAGUCUCAUGGUUCUUGGCCACCACGCUGCGUCGGCUGAACCAACCACUUUUGAAGCGCUCCUCAUUCAAGCCUGUCGACAUUGUAUCAGUCGUAUCAGGUCGACGGAUCAAUAGCCGUGAUCAACAAGACGCACAAGAACUGUUUCAAUUGAUAACGAGCGCAAUCGACGUUGAGGAGGAAAAACUACAAUCAUCUAUGGCUGCGUCGGUUAUGGGAGGAUUGAAGGAUAUCCUGGCACCGUCGUCGUUGAGUUACAAGAUCCAUCACCGACUAAAAAAUCCAUUCACUGGCCUCUUAGCUAGUCGUCUGUCUUGUAUGCAAUGUGGUUAUACUGUAGGUGUUUUCUUAUGAGAGGGGGAGGGAAAUGGUUAAACCGGAAGAGAGGUAUUGACUGCAAGGUUUUCUUUUCUUUUCUAGGAGGCGAUCCGACAU